UUCUCGUGCUGAAGUCUCGCGCAUAUCUGGCAGCCACAGUGAGGCGCAACGAAAACUGAAGCAGCGACUGGAGAGACGAGAGGGGAACCAACGGCCCUUCGGCUGAGCAUAUUUGGAUUUGGGCGAAAGAAGCGUCGAUUAAUAAAAUGACCAGAGGAAACCAACGUGAGCUUGCACGCCAAAAGCAUGCCAAGAAACAGAAUGAAAUGGGGAAAGGGAAAAGGAAUGAAGAUGGGCUGUCUGCUGCUGCUCGGAAGCAAAGGGAUGCUGAGAUAAUGCAACAGAAGCAGAAGAAGGCGGAAGAAGGAGGGAAGGGAAACUCUAAGUCCAAGUAAAGAAAGAUGUCUGAGGCUCAUUCAACUCAGUGUUUCAGAAACAUCCCAUGUUCAGCAUUCUUCCUGAUAUUUAUGAGAAUGGAUCGUCAUUUUUGUCCAGACUCAAGAAUCUAGGAUCCUACAUUCUUCCCUAUGGCAAAUGACAUUGCUUGUUGGAUUUGUUAUUUUACUUGGUAAAAUUAUGUCUGAGCAAGGUAGUGAUUGUCCCACGUUGGUGCUGCAUGCUAAGGAGCAUCAGUGGUGUAGGCAGCAGGAGAAAGAUGAACAAUUUUUGACACAAACAUCUGUGUAACAAUUGUGUAUUUUUGUACAAAAACGUCCCCUGCUGGUUUCAAAUAAAGUGUAUCUUUUUAGUUCA